UUUUCAGUGCAUUAAUUUAAUAUCUGGUAUUUGACCAUGAAAAAUGAAUCAUUUUAAAAUAACUUUCACCUCCUCCCCAAAUUGACACAAAAGUUGCCGACUGAUGAUAUGUUACAGUAUCCUAUGACUCCACUCCUGGAAGUUCUCCCAAUUUGUAGAGAAUCAGUUUGCACAUUUUUUUCUCUCUUAAAAACAAAGGGGAAAAUAUCCUCUAAGCUGGUGAUUUUACAUUCUUUGACAAACUGCAGUAUCAACAGGCAGCGAUACCACUUUAAGAAAAUGCCAAGGAAAGACCUCAUUUUAAAAUUCCCACCUCUGGCUCCCAAGGAUUGGGUUGCAAACUUCGGCAAAAUACUCUUCUCCACUCGCUAUUGGAGGCACACUUGAUGGAAGUAAUAUUUGAAGACGAUAAAACUGACAGUGCAAUUUAAGACGGUUCCAAGGGCAGAGAGCGGAAGCUAAGGGGCCCCAUACUGUAAAUACUGGCACACAGUGAGAAGACAAUGUACAUAAAAAUAUGCAAGAAUCACAGGAAACCCACAUAUCCAACCACCUAGAUGAAGUUGUUGCUGCUGUUAGCGUCACUCAUAGAGAGAAGUUCCAAAGCAAGCUGCCUCAGGCAGCACUAUUCCAGCCUCCUCGAGAGAAACUCCACCUCUGUGAAGAGAAAGCAAAGUCCUAUUCCAGCAGUCAUGAAUACAAACAGGCUGUCCACGAGCUUGUGCGUUGCGUAGCGCUGACAAGAAUUUGCUAUGGAGACUCACACUGGAAACUAGCAGAGGCACAUGUAAAUCUGGCUCAAGGCUACCUCCAGCUGAAAGGACUGUCACUGCAAGCGAAACAACAUGCAGAAAAAGCCAAACAAAUCCUUGCCAACUCCAUUGUGCCUCCCUAUAACGACAGCACAGAUGUGUUCAAGUUUUCUGUUGAGCUUUUCCAUACCAUGGGGAGAGCCUUACUGUCCCUUCAAAAUUUUAAGGAAGCUUCAGAGAAUCUAACAAAAGCAAAGAGACUUUCAAAGGAGCUGCUACAAUGUGGAAGGAUUAUAAAGGAAGAAUGGAUAGAAAUUGAAGCACGGAUCAGAUUAUCAUUUGCACAGAUGUAUCAAGGUCAGAAGAAAUCAAAAGAAGCUUUGCCCCACUAUCAAGCAGCUUUGGAAUAUGUUGAGAUCAGUAAAGGUGAAAAAAGUCUUGAGUGUGUACCAGUAUUGAGAGAAUUAGCAGGUGUAGAGCAAGCCCUGGGACUCCAUGAUGCAUCCAUCAACCACUUCCUGCAGGCACAUCUCAUCAUCCUGAGUAGAAGCCCCUCUCAAGAGGAGGCAGCAGACUCCGCACACGUCGUCGCCCACGCUGCUGUCGCUUCAGGGAGACCCGAGCACCACGAUGUAGCUGAGCAGUAUUUUCAAGAGAGCAUGGCUCAUCUAAAGGACUCUGAAGGGAUUGGAAGAACCAAAUUUCUUUCAAUUCAAGAUGAAUUUUGCCAUUUUCUACAAAUGACUGGACAAAAAGAGAGAGCAACCUCCAUCUUGAGAGAGUCCCUGGAAGCCAAAGUGGGAGUAUUUGACGAUUUCAGUCCCGAGGUGGCAGAGACAUACCGGCUCCUGGGAGGAGCAGACCUGGCGCAGGGGAACCACAGUGGGGCCCACAAGAAACUGAAGAAGUUGUCAUGGAGAAGGAUGACGGUAGCUUGUUCCAGUACAGUGGCCAAGGGAUGGAGCAAAGUCAUGGGGGAGUCGAGGGAUGUCGAUAAGGACAUAGAACCCACAGGACUUGGCAACCUGGAGUGUCUCCAGAUCCAGACUUUCUUAUAUGGACCGCAGGACAAAAAGACUCUGGCCACCCAGCAGGCCAUGGGCAUCCUGUCCAUGGCCCCCGAGAUUGCUGUGAAGCCAAGGCAGGCAUCGAAAGGCAAAGUGGCCUUCUGUACCAGCGUCCCUCAGGACACCAUGCUGGGGAAGGCCCGGCCCAGCACAGCAGCAGACUGAGGCCCCCACCCUAGGACAUUCCUGGGCAUUGCCAAUUAGGGUGCUGUACACAUCUGUCUCCACCUAGAAGAUGGAAUUCAACAGUCAGGAUACAGAUUUCCAAGGCCAACUGUUGGCUCCAACAUGCAACAGUGAGACCGAAAGCCUCCUGUGGGCCACAUUGUGAACUGUGGAUGCCCUUCAGUGUGAUAUAUGCUAGAAAGCAUUUUUCUUUUAAUCACCUAAGUGUUUUUUCUUGCCAGCAAGAAUUUUUACCCAUCAGCACUACUGUGGCUGAAACUUCUCUUCAAAAUUUCAGAGCGGCCUCUGCAGGAGUCAGCCUGGCAUCUACUGGUACACACAAAUCCUUGCAUAGGUCUGGAGUCAGAUCUGGAACACUGAAAUUCAGAAAGAAGCCCUUUCUUAUAGGAGGUUAACAGGAAUCAAGAAUAACAUCAGAAGAAAAAGCUAAUAAAGGGAAACUUGAAUGCACUGGUGUCGGCAUGUGUUUUCAAAGUGCAGCCUGCCUCGGAGUUCCUUGGAGCCUGAAAGGGGUUCAGAGACAGCGCCCUUUAUGUGUGUCCUUGGUUACUCUUUGAACUGUGUUGAGCACCUGGUCUGUACCAGGCAUGUGCUAAGAACUGGGGGCACGGCAGUAGACAAGACACAGUCACAGCCCGGCACAGCACCAGGAAUUAGGUCUGUGCUGGUGGGAUUGGUAGGCAGCAGGGGCAGCACCCAUGACAGCGAAAGAGCAGAGUAGGAGGGGCAGGAGGCCAAUGCAGCGGACUCGGUGCACCUGACUAGGCCUGGGGCUGGGAGGCAGGUGUAAGGGACUGAAAAGAAAGGCCAGCAGGAGGCUACAGGGGGGUGGCACUGAUUCCCUGCUGCUUCGCAUCCCUUGUCUGGCCUCUACUGCAGGCAGGACAAAUCUGGACACCACCUGGAGCUGCUUCCUGAGUUGACACACUGUCAUGUGCACAGCAGUCUUCAGCUCCUUGGAGGGACGCCUUAGUCAUGUGAGGAUGGCCAAGUCUAAUAGGAAGCUUUGAGCGUGUUUCUCCACAAUGUCAAAGAUGAGAGCCACUGCCGGAUCAAGAUGGAUGGAGCACCCAGGAGUAGGGAUGCAGGUGUGGGCAAUGCAUCCCUUCACUUCCCUCCCCUCAUCCCACAGACCAUGGCCAGUGAGGCUGCAGGCCAGUACUAGGAUGGCAGCAGAUUGCAGCACAGGGCCCUCCCCUCCAGCCCGCUGUGGGACAUCCAAACCAUCCUGGGGCCAUCUGUGCAGGGCCCCACCUCAAGAAUUGAUGGGGAAAAUAAACUCAAUAGAGCCACGACAGGGUAGAAAAAAGCAGGGUCCAUGUCUUCCUCAGAAGCCUGACCCCACAGAUCAUCCUUGCUGGUACACACUGGUCCCAGAUCCUGGCCUGCGGGACAUCAGCAGUGUGCUAAAAGGGUGUAAGAUGUGGUCACUACUCACCCUGUGUCCUAUCUAGUUGACACAGGUGGAGUCUGCUAUGGGCUGAAUGUUUGUGUGCCUCCAAUUCAUGUUGAAGCCCUAAUCCCCAAAGAGAUGACAUUAGGAGGUGGGGCCUUGGAGAGGUGAUUAGGUCAUGAGAGUGGAGCCCUGAUGAAUAUGAUUAGUGCUUUAUAAGAAGAGACACAAGAGAAAUGAUCUCUCUCUCUCCACCAUGGGAGGACACAGUGAGAAGGCAGCCAUCUGCAGGCCAGGAAGAGAGCGCUCACCGAGAAGCGAAUCUGUUGGCACCUCGAGACUUCCCAGCCUCCAGAACUGUAAGAAAUAAAUGUCUCUCAGGUUAUGGCUCCCUGUUAUAGCAGCCUGAACUGAGAGUCCAUGCUGGGUUUUUGAAAUAAAUGUGCAUCCUAGUGUUA